AUGCGUAUUGCUACUACCCUCCUUGCACAAUUUCUUCUUCUCUGUGCCACUGUCCUAGUCGUGUUCGCUAACAUUGGUCAGCUGACUCACAAUGUGGUUUCCCGCAGCAUUAGAAUGGUCUCUGCCCGUGUCGGUGCUGGUGUUCCUCCAGAUGUCAUGGCUCGCUCCAUGACUACGGCUAUUGGACAGCACAAUGGUGUGCGUUCCGAAUACUCAUGGGGCCUGUACAACUACUGUGGUGGCUUCCCGGAUUCGGACCAGAUUGCUUGCAGCGAAGGCGGUUUCGGUCAUUCCGUGGACAUCCCGCAGGCCAUUAUGGAGGACCUCCCUUCUAGCAACUCUCAGAACAGUGCAUCGAUGAUCGGUCAGUUCUCUAACCAAGGUGCCAUCAACCACUACACUCAAGUGGCCUUCUAUCUUCUUUUCGUCGGCACCAUCCUUGUUGGUGUCGCUUUCCUCGUGUCUCUUCUCUGGCAUAUGUCCAUGCUAACAAUUGCUUCCAUCCUCAACUUCCUUGGUUUUUGUUUGCUGGUCAGUGGCGCCAUCAUUUAUACCUAUUUUGUGUCAACUAUGCGUCACAAGUCUGCUCUGGACAUCGACUAUGGCAACGCUCUUUGGAUGUUCUGGGCUGCCAUUGGCGCAUCUCUUUUUGCAAUCCCAGUUCUAGCCACCGCUGCCUCUAAGAGCAGCUCGGCGUACAAGACUCUAUAA